AUGCAGAUGGGGAAUUGCUCAGCGGUCACUGAAUUCUUCCUGGUGGGACUUUCCAAAUACCCAGAACUCUUACUUUUUCUGUUCGUUCUCUGCCUCAUCAUGUAUGUGAUAAUCCUCCUGGGAAACAGUCUCCUCAUUAUCAUCAGCAUACUGGAUUUUCGCCUCCACACCCCCAUGUACUUCUUCCUUGGGAACCUCUUGUUCCUUGACAUCUGUUAUACAUCAUCAUCCAUUUCUCCAAUGCUCAUCAUAUUUAGGUCAGAGACAAAAUCCACCUCCUUCAUUGGCUGUGCUCUGCAGAUGGUUGCCUCCCUUGGGUUGGGCUCCACUGAGUGUGUCCUCUUGGCUGUGAUGGCCUAUGACCGGUAUGUGGCCAUCUGCAACCCACUGAGGUACCCCACCAUCAUGAACAGAGUGCUUUAUGUGCACAUGGCUGCUUGGUCCUGGAUCAUAGGCUGUAUGAAUUCCUUAGUGCAAACAGCCCUGACAAUGGUGUUGCCUUUCUGUGGAAAUAACAUUAUUGAUCAUCUUACCUCCCACCACACUGUGGUUAUCUUAUUCUAUGGUUCAGCUCUUUUUAUGUACAUGAAGCCCAAGUCAAAGGACACAAAAGCACCCGAUGAAAUCAUUGGAUUGACUUAUGGAGUGGUAACCCCGAUGUUGAACCCCAUCAUCUACAGCCUGAGGAAUAAGGAGGUGAAAGAGGCUCUGAAGAAAGUCUUGAGUAGACACUUAAAAUCAUGGAAAAUACGAAAGUGUUUAGGACAUCACCAGCCUGCCUCCAAAAAACUGAAGACAGAAGACAGCCUUGUGCCUGAAGAGGAGUUCCUGCGCAGAAACAAGGGUCCAGUGUCCAUCAAAGUCCAAGUGCCCAACACGCAGGAUAAGACUGAAUGGAAACUGAAUGGACAGGUGCUGGUCUUCACACUCCCACUCACAGACCAGGUCUCUGUCAUCAAGGUGAAGAUUCACGAAGCCACGGGUAUGCCUGCAGGGAAACAGAAGUUGCAGUAUGAAGGCAUUUUCAUCAAGGAUUCCGACUCACUGGCUUAUUACAACAUGGCCAACGGCGCCAUCAUCCACCUGGCCCUCAAGGAGAGAGGCGGGUGGAAGAAGUAG